AUGUAAAAUUACAUUUAGACUGGAGUUGAUCAAAAUGGCUUCCUAGUUUACCACCCAUCGCAACAGAGUAACAACAAGUUCAGAUUAAAAGAAUCUGAACCAACAUAACAACAUAAAAUAGUCCCAAGUCUCUUACUACCCUAACAAAACAAGAAAAAUUAUGGUUCUUGGUUCUCAAAGUUCUUCAUAAUUGAUGAUGGAGUUAUUUCCCUAUCCUUGAAGGAUUUGACACUUAUUUUGAGUUUUGGAAUAUCAAUUACUCUUAUACUUAUGUGUGUUGUUGCUUGCAGUGAAAAAGAAUUUGUGUGCACAUCCAAGGAUUUCCCAAUGGUUUCAGAUGUAAUUGCUCUUCCUAUGUACGAUAGAACUUUCAUCAUAUUGACUGCUAUAAUGAUGUUUGGAGUCUAAUAAGUCAACAUUAGAGCUUUUUACAAGAAACUCUAUGGAAUAGUCUCAGAUUAAUACAAUGACUUCUUGAUUAUCCUCGGUGGUCUCUCAUGUAUUGCUUUACCUUUAAUUGGUGUGUUUGACGAACAUCAAUGGGGACCUGUUCAUGGAACCUGCGCAUUCAUCUUCUUUGGCGGGUUUGGAUUCUAUUGUAUCCUGUUAGGUAGAGCACUUUACCAAAACAAGGACAAGUUUCCAGCAUCAUAAUAGAGAAGCAUCAAAUUGAUGAUGAACAAUACCUGGGGUUUACUCAUUUUUUUGGUUGCAUUCCUUAUCUCAAUUGCCUUAGUGAAAUCAUCUGUUCCAACACCAUUCAUUGAGUGGGCCACAGUUUUAUACUUUGUGAACUUCUUUGCCAUUGCUAGUUUCACGAAUGAUUUCUAUGAUUCAGUCCACGAAGACGGAAAGCUCAUUCCAAAAUAAGAUUGA